AUGCCUAAUCUAACAUCUUAUCAUGCUCCACCUAUUCAUUUAAAUCGAGAACUUCCAAAAACUUAUUGUGAUUUACGUCGACAUGAAAUUGAUUAUAAGCAUUUCCUUCGUACACGUAUUACAAAUAUUCAAUCAUCAUUAUCUUUCACAAAUAAGAAACAUUUAACAAGAAUAAAGAAUAUUCAACGACAUCGUAAAUAUUUCGAUCAUAGUGAACGUUUAUUUCAUGUCUAUCAACGUAAUUUACAAUUAUGUCAAAAAAUUCUGCAAAUUUGGACAAAUAACGGUAAACAAAAAGGUGGUGUUGAUUGUUAUAAUGAAAAUUAUAACAAACAAAUAAAAAUUUCUCAUUUUCGUUUACGACAAAAACACUGGAAAGAUAAUAUUGAAAGUGAAAAUAAACGAUUAAUUCAUUCAUUAAUAUAUCAUCGAAAGAUAUAUCGACCAGUACAUGAUCGAUACACAGCUUAUGAAGCUUUUCAAUAUCAUUUAAAAUUACUAAAUGCUAUGUCGCAAUAUCCAAAAUAUAAUACAAGUAAAUUUCUUUAUAAAAUUCUACUUGAUCAUAAUUAUUUACUUGAACAUAUUUAUUAUACUUACAUUCAAUUUUAUAAUUUAGAUUCAAAUAUUUCUUUACGAACUCAAUGUCAAACUUUACCAUUCUCGUAUAAAUUUCAUAAAGAAAAACCUAAUAUAAUCAAAACGAAAUUUAAUAAAUCAAUUAAACAUAAAGAAGUUAAAACGAAUAAAUAUAUAGAUAAUAUUUUACAACAAACAAUGAAUAAUGCAAUUCACAUUUAUAAUCAACCUGUUCCAUCUGCAUUUAAUCGUAUUAAAUCAUCAUAUUCUACAGAUAGUCAAUGGUUAAAACCACGUUUAUUGAAUCACACAGAAGUAUUUCGAUCACUUUCAUGCCGUCAAUUACUUGAACCUUGGCGUAAUACGAAACGACAAAGAGGACCUUUAGGAAAUUAUACUAUUAAUGAUAAGACGAUCAAUGAAAAUUUGGAAAAAAAAACAACAUUUAAAUGA